AUGUCCUCCCCGGCCAACCCGCCCUUCACCCACGCCCUGCUAGCGGGCGGCGCCGCCGGCACCACCGUCGACCUGACGCUCUUCCCUCUCGACACGCUCAAGACGCGCCUGCAGUCCUCGGAGGGCUUCUUCGCCUCGGGCGGGUUCAGGGGCAUCUACCGCGGCGUCGGGUCGGCCGCCCUCGGGUCCGCCCCCGGCGCCGCCUUCUUCUUCUGCACCUACGAGGCCAUCAAGUCGGCCCUGGCCGGGGCGCGGCGGCGCGCGCUGGGGGGCAGCAGCAACGACAGCAGUAACAACACGACGGCAGGGAAGGAUGGAGGCGGCAGCGCCGUGGACCACAUGCUGGCGGCGUCCCUGGGCGAGGUGGCCGCGUGCGCCGUGCGCGUGCCCACCGAGGUGGUCAAGCAGCGCGCCCAGGCCGGCCAGCACGGCGGGUCCUCGCUGUCGAGCCUGCUGGCGAUCCUGGGCCGCCGGCGCGACGUCGGGCUCCCGGGCGUCUGGCGCGAGCUGUACCGCGGCUGGGGCAUCACCAUCCUGCGCGAGGUGCCCUUCACCGUCAUCCAGUUCCCGCUGUGGGAGGCCCUCAAGUCGUACUCGCGCGGGCGCAAGCAGCAGCACGGCGGCGGCGGCGGGGGCGGGGUGGACGUCAGCGCCGGCGAGUCGGCCCUGUACGGCAGCGUCUCCGGCGGCGUGGCCGCCGCCGUCACCACGCCGCUGGACGUGCUCAAGACCAGGGUCAUGCUGAGCUCGAAGCGCCAGAGGAUGUGGGACGUCGUCACGGGUAUAUUGAGGGAGCACGGGGUGCGGCCCUUCUUCGCGGGCAUCGGCCCGAGGGUGAUGUGGAUCAGCAUCGGAGGUGCCGUCUUCCUGGGCAGUUACCAGUGGGUGAUCAACUCCCUCGAGCGCGGCACGACAAGAAAACCCGAGUCUAGCCUGCCCUGA